GUAAAUUUCGUUUCGGAGGCUCCAUUCGCCAUCUCCAACCAACUGAGCAAGAUGGCAAACAUGACUCAAUCUGCUGGACACUCGUCCUCAAACACGUCUUCUUCCAACGAAUCGCACGCAGUCUCCGCCGCCGAUGCCGAUGAAGCUGCGCCCGUCAGCAACGCAGCCUCUCUGUCCAGUGCAGGCUCCGAAGAGCAGACUGAGCCCCUCUCGACCUUUCAUCUGUUCCCACGCCUGCCUCCUGAGAUUAAGAAUAUGAUUUUAGAGUCAGCUGUCAACUAUUCUCCGGCCGUGGUGCAUGCGCGAUGCAUACUUCGCGGAUCAGGACCAGGACCCAAGACGUCGACCAGCGGCGUGGUGAAGUUUCAAGCAAGCCACUUCACCAAGACUUCGGAAUUCAAGGAGCUUAUGAAACUUGGCGGCGCUAUUCCAGACUUCAAGUCUUUCAUCGAGCACAAGUUCGGCGCCAGGUUCGAGUCCCUCAGGGGAAACGUUCACCUCGCUUUGCGCGGCAAUCAAGAUAUUCUCGCCCUGGACAUGCGACUAGGCAUGCUCAUGGACUGGGAGUAUCGUGCGAGUGGACUCUUCCGUCGACAUAAUGCCUAUGGAAUUCGUGAGCCAGGCAUUCGCAACAUUGGUAUUUACUUCAACGACCAAAGGUGCAAAAGUCUAGCCUGCAUGAUUAGAUGUUGGCCCCACGUGACCAACAACAGCCGCGAACACUUGGAUUUGCCCUUCUGCCCCUACGAGCUUGCCAUGUUCUCAAAGAACUUCUCUCACAUCCAGAAUGUCUUUGUACUCAUCGUCCUGAAGCCAAAUCAUUUCGUCAGACACGAGACCGCCGAAGUCACGAUUGACGAGGUGAAGGAGUGGGUUCGACGGAGGCAAGGUGAGGCGCGCCAGAAAAGCUUGGCGGUAUUCCAAGAUCAGCAGCGGACGUGGAUUGAGAUCGAGGAUGUCAAAGGUGUGAACGACCAGCUGGUCAGUUCCAUCACAGAAGUCUUCAACCUACUCAAUCAGACCAAGAAUGCGUUCAACAUGCGCCAUUCAAACAUCAAGGACAGCGUCGUUCCGCCGACCAUGACGACCGCGAGCAACCGCCCUAUCGCCGGGCCUCAAUGGCUCAUCAACUCCGCGGACGCCUUUGAGGCGAUAAAGCUGGCUAUACUUCAAUCUGCUCCGAAACUCCUCAUCUCAUGGCUCUACGUCCCCUUCGGCAUCAUGGCCAUGCUCGCCGCAUGCUUCGGCGUUAGCGUCAUCUUCCAGACCGUCGGCGUCUCGUUCCCUGCUUCCGUCGCAUGUCUCAUUUUGCUGUUCUUCGGCUUGCUCCUGUCGGAAUUGGUUCUUGGAAAUCACAAAACGAAGGCCAUUGUCGCGGUCAUUGACGUGCCGGCUGGUUGGUCCCUCCGAUGGAUCAACGUCUUCUUUACUCCCUCCUUCAUCAUGCUCCCUCUCAGUCCCUCCAUAGGGAUCAUAGAAGUCAUGAAAAUCAUCGCCGUCUUCAUCAUCGGCUUCGUCACCAUGAUGGCCCUCGCCGCCUACCUUACCCGCGGCCUCCAACUCCUCCUUGGCUCUUCCAAACGAGCCCUCACAGAACGCGCUGAAGAAAUGGGCAACGAGACCGACGAGAUCCCGCUCGCCGACACCCCUCCGCGCACCGACUCGACCCCAGGAUCGCGAACUAUCUCCGCCGCGCCAUCCUCUUUAUCCCUCAACACCAUCGCGCCGCCGCCCACCUCUCAAAAUGCGACUCAUAACUUCCUUCCGGCGACGAACAGCCCUCUCCGAGCGUCUGAUAACGAAGAUGAGACUCUCACAGUCCAGAAUACGUCCCUCCCUCCUCAAGUCCCUAUGCCAAUGCCGCGCGCCCAGCUGUGGGCGGCUUGGAUCUGCGCUCAUCUCGACGUCACCAUCUACGCCGCAAUCUUCCUUUUCGUAGGCUUACCUGUCUACUACGCAACCGGAUACGGCAUGCCUCUCCAUCUGAGCCUCAUUAUCCUGAUCUACAUGGCCGCCGCCUCGAUCCCGGCGAACUGGCGCCAGUACCUCCACCCCGUGCUCGUCUCCUCGCUCUUCUCCGUCCUCAGCAUCUGGGCUUUGGCGGCUAUCCGAGGCGACAGCUUGCCGGCAACCUUGCAAUCUUUCCGAACAGGCGCGAAUUACACGUACUUAUGGCUCCACACUCACUCUGGCCGCCUACCGGGCGCCGGAGACAUGUUCAGUACCGUCCUCGAUGCGAGCAUUGUGUCGCUUGCGUUGCCAAUGUACCAAUACCGCCGCGAGCUGAAGCAGCACUUCGUCGCGAUCGUGCUGCCUAACAUCAUCAUGUCCAUCGGCUGCCUCUUCUCGUACCCCAAGAUCUGCUACGCCAUCGGGAUCAGCGCAGAGAGAUCCCUGGCGUUUGCGUCUCGCAGCUUGACGCUCGCCCUCGCCCUCCCUGCGACGGAGAAUCUCGGUGGUGACUCGAAUACGGUUGCUGCGAUUGCCAUUAUGAGCGGUAUCGUGGGCGUGCUUGUUGGACAGCGGAUGUUGGGAUGGUUCAAGAUCCCCGAAGAUGACUAUAUCACUCGCGGUGUCACUCUCGGCGCCAACUCAUCGGCGAUCGCAACGGCCCUGCUUCUUCGUACGGACCCUCGUGCGGCUGCGUUGUCGAGUCUUUCCAUGAGUUUGUUCGGCACUAUCACCGUUUUAUUCACGUCCAUACCGCCCAUCGCGAGCGUGAUCAAGUCUCUGGUCACUUAA